UCCCAUCCUGAGGGUGGGGGGCAGAGGGAAGGGUCUCUGAUGGGCAGGGAGAGCUACCAGGUUGCAGAGCCAGUUCAGGACUGCCCUCUCCUGGCCCAGUCAAGCCCCUGAGCCUGAGAAGCUCCGUCUACCGUGAGGGGCAUUGGCCUCGCCCUUUCUCUGCCUCCAGCACCCAGGAUGGCCACAGAUGGCAGUAUCUCUGGGGACAGCAGCUGAGACUGAAUCCAUGGACCAACGCUAAGCUGCUCAGGCCGAGGCGGUGUGCUCAGUGCAGAGGCCCUGGGAACAGGCAUUUGCAGGCGUGAGGCACAGAAACUAAGGCCCAAGUUGUUUGGGCUGGCACCUCUGCCCAUACUCUGAGAGUCGUGAAAGUGGGAAUGGGCCUGAAUUUGGGAGCCUAUGCAGCCUCUGUUGAUUUCAACCAGGUCCCCUGGGGAUGGGUGUUUGUUCACCACGCUUUCCCCAGCCACACCUGGCCAGGAUGUGCGGGUGGUGGGGACCCACUCAUCUGUGGGGUGUGGCAAGCAGCAUCUUCUGCAACUGCGCAGUCUGGGCCUGGGGGGUGGGCUCAGAGGAGACACCGGCCACGCUGUUCUUCACUGAGAUCUCUGAGGGAUCAGUCACCUCAGUGGAUCCCCAUUAGACUGUUAGUGUCCCCUUCCACAGGGGAGGACACUGAGGCCCAGAGAGGUCAGACAACUUGCCUGAGGGCACAUGUGCUGGAAAGGGGCCAAGCCAGGCAUUCAGCCUCCUUCUUUAAGGCUGAGGCCACCGCAAUGCCUCACUUCCUGGACUGGUUCGUGCCUGUCUACCUGGUCAUCUCUGUUCUCAUCCUGAUGGGCUUCGGCGCCUGCAUCUACUACUUCGAGCCCGGCCUGCAGGAAGCACACAAGUGGCGUAUGCAGCGCCCCGUGGUGGACCGUGACCUCCGCAAGACACUGAUGGUCCGCGACAACCUGGCCUUCGGGGGCCCAGAGGUCUGAGCUGAGCCGACUCUGGGCUGGGGGCAGGCACCAGGUACCCUCCCCUGCUCUACCCAGCCUGGAGACCCCGGGCAAAGGGAGGAUGUCCUCUGAUCGUCCAGCCAUCCCUCUGCAGCCUGGGCUCUCUCAGCAGAGGCCCCUGUGUGCUCUGGGCAGACCCCGGGUGUUGAAAGAUGGGGCACCUGGGUGCCUUGAGGUGUUGCUGUUUCUGGCCCUGGGUUUGCUCCCCACUUCAAGCUGGCUCACCCCAUGCCCGCCUUCCCCAGCUCGGGGGACAGCCCCCGCUGGCCCCCAGUGCCUUUGUGCUUCCUAGCACUCCUGCCCCUCUCUCCACCUGGAGUCCUGAGGUUCCAGAUCUCCUGUUUCCCCACAGAAUUCCCAGUUACAGGCAGAUCCCCACUCCACCCAAUGGCACCGACCCCACAGCUUCACCUGGCAGCCUUCGAAACUGACCCAAGGAAAGGACCCCAUCUGGAGGGAUGUCAGCUUGGUCCAACCCAGCACCACCCCUCUGGACUCAGGCUUGGCAUUGCUGUGUGUGCGUGGGGUGUGCAGCGGGGCGAGACCGUAGGGGAAGGAGGCGUGUGUGUGUGUUAGAAAGAGAGAGUCUGGGUGGGUGGGCAGGCACGUGGACGGAAGGAGACGCAUGUCUGUACAUGUGAGAGGGAAAGUGGGGCCCCAGGCAGGGUAGGAGGUGGUGGGGAUGGGGUGAACUCUGGGCGGUAUAGGGGCCACCAGCAGCUGUUCCACACCCCUCCCUCGGCUGGACUCCUCUAUCCCUCCCCUUCCCCAAGGCUGAGGAGGGUGGCAGGAGCCCCUCCGCUCCCCUCCAGGGCCAGCCCAGCACCCCCGAGCCAGGUCCCCUGCGCCCCCACCCCCACCCUGAAUCCCUCCUCCCGUGUGGCACACUGUUGCCUCAGGGUGGACAUAGAUUGACAGCCUGCCUCACUCUCCUCCUCUGGGGCUUCCACCUUAAUUUACUGCAAUAAAAAGACUUCCUGACGAUC